AUGAACCACCACUCGGGAUUUGAGCACGGCUAUGAAGACUCUUACUCACACCUACCUAGGUCAAGCACUAGCAUCGCGAUCUCGACGGUAGAGAGGAUAUUCCGCACCUCGCACCCCAUCGACUCCCCGUACAGGUUGUCUUUUAAGCAGAAUCAACUGGCCGCCUCGCAAGAGAUCCGACCAUCGUCUUAUACCAGCUACAGCCCUCACCGGUCUACGCCCUUAACCGCCCGCACGUCUUAUCACCCCUCUCUAUCCUCCCGGAGGACUUUGGAUGCUGAGUGGAGCGCGAAGCGGUCACAAUUCCUAGCCACGCCCUCGACACAGCUCGGCCCAGCACGGGGUUCUUCACCUUCACCUUCACCAAAUCAAAAUCCAGCGACUGCAACCAUGAGCACCGUAGCAGUAGCGUUCGAUCCCAGGAUGGAGAUGGGCAUUCCCCGCUCCUCCUUUACCUGGCCAGGCCUGGACUCGAGUCCCGAUCUCCUAGGCCACGACAUGAGUUCCGUCGGGCAUAGCUCCACAGCCAGCAUGACCCCCCCGAGCGGCUCGCGGUCGUUGACUUCUAGCCCGCCCCGAUUCACGCUGACGCCCGAGCAACGCGAACUCAAGAGACAGCGAGACCAAGCUCGACGGGACUCGAAAACAUCAGCCCGAGCUCGUCGCGCCAUGAGCACCUACUCGUCUGCUUCCCAGUCGCCGCCGGUCUCGAUGCACGAGUUUUCUUCGGCAUCCCCCGUGCCAGUCUACACGACCGCGCCGGCGCAGAUCUCGCUUCUCGCCGAACCCGCCACGACAAUGGCCGGCUCCUACAUGUCCUCUUACUCUACCUCGCCUCUCCCCGACCACAGCCACUCGCCCAUGUUCACACCCCAAUUCUCGCCCAUGCCACACGGUGACUAUAUGGGGUUGAAUUACUCUCCUGGCUACCCUCCGCCGCCCUCGGCUCACAGCCUCUCCUCGCAGUACAGCCGGCCGUCUCCCCCGAUGCACGACUCGGGUAUGAUGUACCCGGUACAGGCCCCGCCCGUCCUGUCCUCGGGCAGCGCCGUAUCGCAGGAGGCCGGGCACGUCCGCGUCGUCCAGAGCCGACCCAAGCCCCAGUGCUGGGACCACGGUUGCAACGGGCGACAGUUUUCGACCUUCAGCAAUCUCCUGAGACACCAACGUGAGAAGUCGGGACAGGCAGCCAAGGCCACCUGCCCCAACUGCGGUGCCGAGUUCACUAGGACUACUGCUCGGAAUGGCCACCUGCUCCACGACAAGUGCAAGCAACGACGAAACUCGUAA